AUGGCUCGAACACCCGUUAGGAGCCGGAGAAUCAGCUCCUCCGAAUGGAACAUAGCGAAGCCUUUCAUUGAGCAGUUGUACAUUACCAACAAGCUCACUCUAAAGCUCCUUGCGACGGAGAUGGAGGAAAAGCAUGACUUUAUCGCUACCGAAGCGCAAUACCGAGCUCAAUUCGAUCGCUGGGGUCCUGGAUGGAAAAAGCACAAAAAAAGUGUGGACCAGGAGCCAGUCGAAAUUGCACUCCUUAGACACAAAUUCGUUGGACGGGACAUCGAUAUGUAUAGGUGGGGCAAGCUGGUGCCUGAGGAACAAGUCGCCCAAAUCAGAGACCGGAGCCGAGUCCCUCACCAUAAGCUGCACAAUGAGAAUUAUGUACCAGAUCUACCUAAGGGUGUUGCCAUUUACCCCCGCCGCCGCGACUUCACCGAAGAACUUACAUUCCGAGUUCCUUUUCUGGACCUCGAACGCUCGGUGUAUGAUCUGAUCGUUAAGUGCCGCGAUCUGGCUACACAGAGUACCACAGAACGAGUUGAGAUCAGAGACCUUUUCCGAGGUUACCGAGGACUCCCUCUACAGCGGAUUUCUGAUCGUCCGCUUCCCGAAUACUUGGAAUCUAGAAUUUCGGCACUGAACUCCAUUCUACCUUGUCUGUAUGACCCGAAGCGAAGCACUGGCGAAUCGAUCCUCAAUACCCUGAACGGAGCUUACAUUUCAAAUGUGCAUCGAGGCAUCUUGUGCGCGCUUGGCAACAACCUAGCUGGUCUCCAAGGUCUAUCCAGCGAGCAGCUUCACAGCCUCUUGGGCGUACUGAGUAGUCUCGACGUUUUGAGGGUAUUUGCGUCCAUACCAGGCCACUUAAGACAUCCAAUGAUCCAACAACUACUGCGGAUAUCAGUCGAAGUUGGCAAUGUGAGCUUGGUGAAAGCAAUAUUAUCCAAGGGACAAGCGCUACAGAUCGACAUCAAUGAGCAGUUUUGUACAAUCAAUGGACGAGCUUACACCUUGUUGGAGCGCGCUUCUAUACUAAGACAAUUUGACAUGAUCAUAACCAUGCUCGAUUACGGUGCCAAUAGGGAAAUCUUUGGGACGUCGAUUCUUGCAUACGUUGCGAGUCAAGAGGGGCUCUACAAUGCGCGCUUCUCCGAAGUCCCAGAGAUCACCGACUUGAUACCCGGACCGUCAGCCUGCUUCUAG